AACUCGAAAAGAGCGCUUUCUCUUCCCCUGUGACAUUUCUGCUGUAAUGCUACGAAACGACCUAAUUUUUACCGGACACGACAAGGGGACACCUUUCUCACAAAAAAAGCAAAGUUACUGGAUCAGCUAUGACCUCGUCCACGCCGCCUUCCUCCCGUAGCUCCUCCCCACAGAAGGUCUGCCACUCCCAGACGCAGACAGAUGUUCUAAAGCCACUUUUGGGUGGAGGAGGUGGGGCUUCUACAGGGAACGGACCAGCAGCGUUAAGGCGUCGUCGGCGGGUGUUGUCUAAAGAUGGGCGGAGCAACGUACGUAUCGAACACGUCAGCGGCCGAGGGACGCUUUACCUACGCGACCUGUGGACGACCUUUCUGGACAUGCAGUGGCGCUACAAGCUCUUCUUGUUUUCAGCCACCUUUGCUGGCACUUGGUUCAUCUUUGGAGUGUUUUGGUACUUGGUGGCACUCGUGCAUGGAGAUUUGUUAGAGUUUGAUCCCCCGUCCAACCAUACGCCAUGUGUGAUGCAGGUCCAAACUCUGACAGGUGCAUUCCUUUUCUCACUGGAAUCACAAACUACGAUCGGCUAUGGCUUUCGCUGUAUCACUGAGGAAUGUCCACUCGCCAUCAUAUUGCUUAUUGUCCAACUCGUCAUCACUAUGGUGAUGGAAAUCUUCAUCACUGGAACUUUUCUUGCCAAGGUAGCUCGGCCGAAGAAACGUGGUGAAACUGUGAAGUUCAGUCAGCAUGCUGUGGUUGCUAAUCAUGAGGGGCGACCUUGUCUAAUGAUCCGUGUAGCUAACAUGCGCAAGAGUCUGCUUCUGGGGUGCCAGGUAACAGGUAAGCUGCUGCAGACGUCCCUGACUAAGGAGGGUGAGACUGUGCGUCUAGACCAGAGGAAUGUAUCAUUUCAAGUGGACACGUCCAGUGACAGCCCCUUCCUUAUCUUGCCCCUCACCUUCUACCAUGUGAUAGAUGACAACAGCCCAUUGCGGGCCUGGGCCGCUAAAGGUGGAGGGUGGACGGACCCAGAGCUGGCUGACUUUGAGCUGCUAGUAAUUAUGAGUGCUACAGUGGAGCCCACCUCGGCCACCUGCCAGGUUCGCACCUCCUACCUGCCCGACGAGAUCCUGUGGGGCUAUGAGUUUCCGCCUGUCGUCUCCCUCUCCCCCUCUGGAAAGUAUGUAGCUGAUUUUGCGUUCUUUGACAAGGUUGCCAAGACCAAGACACCGCCCCUCUUCAAACAAUCUCCACCUCAUAACACGCAGUCGCCCCCUCACCAAGGCAGUGGAGGUGGAGACCACGGGGCAGAUACAGAGAAGAUGAGAUUGGAGGAGAGUUACCGGGAGGAACGGGGACGGGACAGGGGCCGGGUGCGAGACCAGCUUAGCGUCCGCAUUAGUAAUGUGUAGAAAGAAUAAAACACAGAGAUGAGUGAGAGGGACCUGGGUGUGCGUGAGGUGUAUGUGUAUGUGUGGUGAAGAAAGGGUCUGAUGGAGAUAAACUGCCUGUGUACUUGUUUGAUUCAGCGUUAGCCAACUUUUUUUUUUGAUGCCACUGAGUUUACCUGUUUUGCCAGGCAGCGUGCCAGCAGAGUUGGCUAGGGCGAAAGACACUGAUAUCCAAGAAUGAUCAAAUGUGGGGGCCAGAAAAGAGAAAGAGGCAAUGUUCGGUAUAGCAUAUGUCUCUCACUGGGUCUUAAACUGUAUCCUGUUUGAAGCACACCGUAUAAGUAGAGUUAAGCGCUGCUUUACGCAGACAACACAGGCAAAAGUAAAAUUUUAGCAUACAAUGGAUAACACGGAGAGAUGCUCAAUCAUCUUUAACUGUUCAAGCCUUUAUUUUUUUACAUUUGAGAUGCUUUCAAAAAUAGGCUACAGAAUUUUCCUCUUGACGCCGUGGUCAUGUGAGAACAUUGUAGUAAACUACUGCUUGAAACAUCAUGCAAACUGUUUGACAUACUACAUUGAAAAUAGUAGGCAGAACACGAAAUCUAAUGCACAGAAUUGGGUAAAUUGGUGAGUAUUUCAUUUUGAACAUAGCCAGAGGGAGCUGUAUUACUGUAAACUACUAAACUAUUAGACCAUGUGGAAUCAAAUGAUGAUUCGUUAUAUUUUCGCUGCUUUACACAUGACAUUACUCAUUUUACACACAUAAAACAAACAACCGCUCAUGAGACUGUCUAUUGGAAAUGAUUGUUUCACCACCUUGUGGCCAAGAAAAGCAGUGCCACAGACACCAGAGAAGAACAUAACAUUCUAGUGGAAGGGAGCUGACUUUUAAACACAUGGACGAUCAUGUAUUUAUACAGGGGUCACCCAGGGGUCACAUAAAUGACUGAAAAUCAUAAUGUUUAAACCACUGUACUGCAGUUAACAAUAGAGCAGAAGUACAACAACUUAAGCCCAUUGCACAUUGAGUCCGAAAUUUGUGUCCGAAAUUUCCGCACGUUAAAAAAUAAAUACGACCUCACGUUGUGUCAAUCACAUUUACACACUGCCUCCGAUAUUUUCGUGCGUCAUAAAAAAUUCGGACCGGGUUCGAUUUUCUGCGUUUUCGCAUCCGUAGCAAGCAUUUUGAGAAGCGUUUUAUAACAAUUCAGAGACACACUACAAACGAGAGGCAAAUACGAAAAAACGCAUACGAAAUUUUCGGACUGUGUGUGCAAAGCCCUUUAUGAAGGGACUCCAUUGAAAUCCACCUUCGUGGUUUUUAUCUACAGUACAGUAUAUUCUAACAGUGCCAGUAUAGAACUAUUUUGGGUGAAAGUCUAGUUUUUCCCAUAGUUUAUCUUUUGUCACUGGAAUAAACAUAGAUGUUUGUUAACAAUACUAAAAGCACUUUACAAACAACGAGGGUUUAUUUUUAUAUUUGGUUUGGGUCAAGAUUAACUGUAUAUCCUCUUUUUUUUAUAAAGACAUUUCAAAUGAAGAGUUAAAGAAUGUAUUUUGAAUUAUUGUAAUUAAUAUAUUUGAUGUGCCUGCCAUGUCACUUACAAUAAUAAUAAUAAUCAUAAUAAUAAUGAUUAUGUAUUACUGUUGUUCGAAUUGUACACUGGAUUUUUAAACAAAAAAAUUCUGGUUGUGUCACAUUAUUUGUGGUAUGAACAGAAAUGACACCUCAAAUUGCUUAACUUGUUGAGCAGAAGUAUACUGUUACUUUUUAUAGGAUCAAAUGUAUAAUAUUUGCCUCAUGUAUGAUUAAAGUGAUUUUUGAAAAAAUCCUAUAGACAUCAGACGAAGGGAGGAAAUGGCAUAGCAAUGUCCUGACAACAACCUACAGCAUCCUAACUAUUAUUAUUAUUAUUAUUAUUACAGAGGAGCCACAUGAUUUUCACAUGUGCAAUGACACAUGAAGCAUGUGGUUCUGGAACAUUUUCACAUGAAUCCCAUGUGAAAAAUAUUACAAUUCAUGUGGUUUUUCUUUAAGGGAAAAUCUGAUGGUAAUUCUUCAAAAUCUUUCCUGCUCUGAAUGUGUCACAUGGUAAUAAAGAGCUCCUUCUUUAUAACUGAUUUCUAAAAUGAAUUUAUAAUAAUCUGAUUAUGCAUUAUUCAGUGGUGUUCAUUUAGUUGAUGAAUAAUUUGUCGUAGUUUUUGUACAGAAAAGCCACACGAUUUUCACAUGUGCAAAAACAGCGAUCGCAUGUGUAACGCGGUGAUAUUUACAUAGUGAUGUGUUCUCCACAUGAGAAAAAGGUGAAAUUGUGUUUUUUUAUGUACAGGUACAGGCUGCUUUUGUCUGUUUUUAAAAAAUUGACGGAAACUGUGGCUGUAAGGAAACAUCUGUGUUUAGUCAGGGUUCACUUUCGACAACUGGACUUUUGUCACUUUAACUGCUAAUUAUCUACAAUGACUGUUUUUAAUAAAUUCGUUUUGAAGAAGUUACAUGAUUACUUUAUCAGUGUGUUUAAUAAUGAGUUAAAUUAAAGAAAUUAUAAUAGCCGGUGUGAUUGUGAGGCGAGUCUACAAACCAUCAUGAAAGUAA